ACAAAGUCCAUUCCUUUAACCCAACCUUAUGUGCUCAUCUGUCCUCACAUUCCAACACACACACACAGAGACCACCACCACCAAUACGAGUAGCACCAAUGGCCGGCGGAGAUGCCACCGCCAUUACCCAGAUGUCACUUCGCCUGGUGAACGAUGUCGUACGGAUCUCAAUAUCUGGGUUUACUGGCUCUUUCAAGAAAGAAUGUACGGACCUCUCAAGGAGGGUGGCUCUGUUGGCCCAUUUGCUGGAAGAGAUUAGGGACUUAAAGGGCGACCUGGUUGCUUCAUUUUCUUCCUCCAGUUCUUGCUUGUCUGAUCUCACUGGAGCUAUUCAGGAUGCAAAACGACUGCUUUUGGCUGCCGGCAACUUCGAUCCCAAGAUCUCAUCUGAUGGAGCUGCCAAGAAAAUUACUUUUCAAUUUCAAUGUGUGACAUGGAAACUGGAGAAAGCAUUGGGAAAUCUACCACACGAUCAUUUUAAUAUCUCAGAAGAAGUGCAAGAACAGGUUGAAUUGGUGAAAGCACAGCUGAGACGAGCCACAGAAAGACAUGGUGGGCCUCUAACUCUGAGUUUACUAUCUCGUGCAUUGUCCCAGCCAUUGAACAAAGAACUUGAUCCACUACAGUCAGGAAACAGGGCAAUAGGAAGCUUGCAUGUGGAAAAUAUUGGUAAUCUUGAUCAUGAAGUCAAAGCAAAGGUGCAAAGUAUUCCAAGAGGUAGUGUUUUGAAAGGUUCUGUAUCAGAUCAGAUGAUUCAUCAAUUGCCAAGGCUGAGAAACUCCUCUGAGUCAUGUGAGGUCUUUGUGUCAAACAAUGAUGAUGCUAACCAGGAAGACAACUCAACCAGCAAGAAUUUGGAGAAGAAGAAGAAUGCUGAUACUCCUGCAAUUCCUGAUGAUUUCCUCUGCCCUAUAUCUCUUGAACUGAUGAGGGAUCCUGUCAUUGUGGCCACAGGGCAGACUUAUGAGAGAUCUUACAUACAGAGAUGGAUAGAUUGUGGGAACACGACAUGCCCAAAAACUCAACAGAAACUUCAAAAUCUCACACUCACCCCAAAUUAUGUUUUGAGAAGUCUAAUAACUCAGUGGUGCACAAAACAUAAUAUUGAGCAGCCGACAGCAUUGAUGAAUGGGAGGAUUAAAAAAAGUGAUGGAUCAUUUCGUGAUGUCAGUGGGGAUAUAGCAGCCAUUGAAGCACUAGUUCGGAAGCUUUCAAACCGGUCCAUUGAGGAAUGCAGGGCUGCAGUGUCAGAAAUCCGAUCACUUUCUAAAAGAAGCACCGAUAAUAGGAUAUUAGUGGGGGAAGCAGGAGCUAUCCCAGUACUGGUUAACCUAUUGACAUCCGAAGACGUUUUUACGCAAGAAAAUGCAGUUACUUGCAUUCUCAACCUCUCUAUAUAUGAACAUAAUAGGGGACUAAUAAUGCUUGCUGGUGCCAUUCCUUCUAUUGUCCAAGUCCUCAGAGCUGGAAGCAUGGAAGCAAGAGAGAAUGCGGCAGCAACCCUUUUUAGCUUGUCACUUGCAGAUGAGAAUAAAAUUAUUAUCGGUGCAUCAGGAGCAAUAUCGGCUUUGGUAGAUUUACUCCAGAAUGGAAGUGCGAGAGGAAAGAAAGAUGCUGCAACAGCACUCUUUAACUUGUGUAUCUAUCAGGGGAACAAGGGCAGGGCUGUCAGGGCUGGGAUUAUUACAGCAUUACUGAAAAUGCUCACUGAUUCGAGCAGUUGCAUGGUGGAUGAAGCUCUGACUAUACUGUCAGUUCUUUCUAGCCACCAAGAGGCUAAGGUUGCUAUUGUAAAAGCUAGCACCAUACCCGUCUUGAUAGACCUUUUGAGGACAGGCCUGCCCCGCAACAAAGAGAAUGCAUCAGCCAUUUUACUUUCCCUGUGCAAGAGAGACAGUGAGAAUCUUGCUUGUAUAAGUAGGCUUGGUGCAGUCAUACCCUUAACUGAGCUUUCCCAGAAUGGCACAGAUAGAGCCAAGCGAAAGGCUACUUCAUUGUUGGAGCAUCUCCGGAAGUCACAACAGCUCUAAGAGAAAAAAAAAAACACGCACACACACAACAGCUCUAAGAGGUGGAGUGGCACUGAUGAACUUAUUAUUUAUUUCUUUAAUGCUAUCUUACAAUGAUUGUUACACGUUUGUUUAUGCGCGUGAAAAGAAACUUGAGAAUUUAAGCAUGAGACACAAGGCCGUUCUCAUUGCUUUCGGUGUAUUCGUUGACUCUAUUUUUUUGUUUUUUUUACGAGUGUGAAAAAUUUAAUUCUGUCUGUUCAAGACAUUAUUUUUACGUUUGAUAUGUUCGUGGGACACAAAUAAUCAAAAUAAU